AUGGCCAACGAUUCAUUGCCACCACUUCCUCCCACUCGUGCUGAAUUAGUAGCUAUGAAUGCUACCCUCCAAGGAGAAGUGAGAAAGAUGUCCGAACUCCUUGCGGACCGAAUAGAUAAGGAGGAAGGUGACAGAAAGAAUGCGAGCAAGAAGAACCUUGAGGACGAACAUCAUUCUGAGACAAACACGGUGAUGGAGUCUCAAAGAUCUAUGUUAAUGACUCUGAUUUUCUUAGCACUAUCGAACAAGGUCAUGUUCUUUGGACUUAAAAAUGCAAAUGCUACAUAUCAAAGGCUUAUGGACAAGGUCUUCAAAGAACAAGUUGGUCGGAUUAUCGAAGUUUACAUUGAUAACAUGGUAGUAAAAGCAAGCUCGGUAGAAGAUCACCAAGCCGAUCUCCAUGAAGUUUUUUAG